UUCACAUUUGCAGUAAUAACUGUAGCUCCUCAGAUUCUCUAGAUUACAUUUUCCUGUUAACCUCGUGAAUACAGUCUCGAGAAAUCAACCCUAGUUUUAUUUCUGACUUGAAAGUUGAAAAUGUUUUUCCUAUUCGUUCUCACAUUCUGCAUUGUAUCUCCCGUUGCUCAAACAGUGGACAGAAAGUACACUGCCCUGCAGUUUGGGACCACUUCAAGCGACUACAUAAGCUUCAGCCACAAUAUGUCCCCGUUCCGUAAUGCUUUAACCCUGUGUACCUGGAUUAAGAGAGUGUACACCUCAUCCUCCUACCCAGUCGUGUUUCAUUACCAAACCAGCUCUACUACUUACGAGAUAUUGACUGGAUCUGUCGGGGAAUACAACAGAGUACUAGGUGAUGGGGUUUUAGAGAACUCACACAGUAAAUUCACUACCCCGGCCGGACAAUGGUUCCAUUAUUGUCUGACUUGGUCCUCCUCCUCACGGACUAUUCAGAUCUACCUGGACGGGGAACUAGCAGCUAGCGGCCAGACUUCAUCCGGGAACUGGAGAGAACUGCACGCUAGCGGGACUGUGUGGUUUAAUAGACUGGGUUACAGUGCCGGUAGUAGUUGGAUAUUUGGUGGUCAGUUGUACAGAUUUAAUCUGUAUAAUGAAAUACUCAGCUCGGGUACGAUAAAAAGAAUAGCAUACGGGGGUUUGUGUGCUGAAGUAGAGGAGACUAUUGGUAGUAGAACACUUCGCUGGGAGGACGUACUGGAAAAGUCAAGAACUGGGUUAGUGGUCGAAGUUGGAAUUGACUGUUAUUUGAUAAAAGAAUUAAGAAUGAUGAGAAAACAGUUGGAUACGGUCAAAGGACAACUUAACAGAACUAAUGAUGACCUGAAAACAACAACAGGUCUAUUAAAUAGCACACAAGAAGAGUUACACACAGUAACAGGGCAGCUAAACCGAACAGAUGAAGAGCUAGAUAGCACUGAAGUUAGUCUUGAGUACGAAGUCACCAGACAUAACCGAACUAAAGAAGAGUUGAGUAGGACUAGAGAAAGCCUGGAGACUGUAACCGCCAGAUCUAACCGAACUAAAGAAGAGUUGAGUAGGACUAGAGAAAGCCUGGAGACUGUAACCGCCAGAUCUAACCGAACUAAAGAAGAGUUGAGCAGGACUAGAGAAAGCCUGGAGACUGUAACCACCAGAUCUAACCGAACUAAAGAAGAGUUGAGCAGGACUAGAGAAAGCCUGGAGACUGUAACCACCAGAUCUAACCGAACUAAAGAAGAGUUGAGCAGGACUAGAGAAAGCCUGGAGACUGUAACCACCAGAUCUAACCGAACUAAAGAAGAGUUGAGUAGGACUAGAGAAAGCCUGGAGACUGUAACCGCCAGAUCUAACCGAACUAAAGAAGAGUUGAGUAGGACUAGAGAAAGCCUGGAGACUGUAACCGCCAGAUCUAACCGAACUAAAGAAGAGUUGAGUAGGACUAGAGAAAGCCUGGAGACUGUAACCGCCAGAUCUAACCGAACUAAAGAAGAGUUGAGUAGGACUAGAGAAAGCCUGGAGACUGUAACCGCCAGAUCUAACCGAACUAAAGAAGAGUUGAGUAGGACUAGAGAAAGCCUGGAGACUGUAACCACCAGAUCUAACCGAACUAAAGAAGAGUUGAGUAGGACUAGAGAAAGCCUGGAGACUGUAACCGCCAGAUCUAACCGAACUAAAGAAGAGUUGAGUAGGACUAGAGAAAGCCUGGAGACUGUAACCGCCAGAUCUAACCGAACUGAAGAAGAACUGAUCACGUGCUCUGCAGAAUUAACGGACACUAAAUCUCAGUUGAAAGGGGCCAGAAAGUUCAGUAAUAUAACUAUGUGGGACAUUUUAUACACAGACUCGUUCUAUCAUAAAAUAUUUACUGGGCAACUACUGAUGAUUUGAAGUCCUGGUCAUGGGAUUUACUGGAGGAAUUUGUUGGAGUAAACGUCACAGAGGGAGUUAUAAACCACCUACAAAAACAUGAUGUUGGAAAAGCGGAGUGCGGUGAAAAGAGCGCGAGUGAUAUUCUGGAAAUGUGGGAUGAAUUCAUUGGCGUUAAGAUGACCAGGGGAAUAAUCAAGCAUUUUAGGAAAAAUCACAUCGACGAGCCCUGUGACGACUGACGCCGACGGUGAUAUAUUUAUAAACAUUCCAACAGUCGAACACAAUUGAAUGAACCCUAUUCUUAAAAUGUUCGACAUUAUGCUACUUUCCUGAAGCUAACUAUAUACUUAUAUACAUAUUAAAUUUGCCAAUGGACCUUAA